GGAUUUUUGGUUAAAAUAUGUCACAGUGUUCAGCUUAUGGCUCCAGCACAGGAUCAGGAAUACACGGGGAAACUCCAUCGUUUCCUCAGUGAACAAAAACGGAGAGAGUUAUGGGAGCAGAAGAUUAAAAGGAAGAAGUGGAUGCCAACUGAUUUCUCCCUAUUAUGUGAGGGUGCGCGUGGAUGCACCACUGCCACCUGUCCGCUGGUUCCAGCUGAUUCGAGUGAUGAUGAUUCAAGGAGGCGUCGACCUUUGGACGUGACACCACAUGGAGAAACAAAAGUGAGACCAGUUUGUACUUUCAAGUGGCAGUUAUGGUCCCCACUUUCACGCCGGGUCCUUCUGGAUGGAGAAGAUUCUAAAACGGGCACUUUCUGCUUUGUGUCUGUAGUUAUGGCCACAGACAGCAGUGCGUGCAACUACAGCCACAGUGUCAUCUUCUUCUAUGACCUGGUGGGGAAGAAUGUCAGCGUGGACUGGAAUAUGCGGGACUUUGUGGUCAUCGGAGUGGGCUUGACAGUAUGUCUAAUUGUGGUCUUGGCCAACUUGAUGGUGAUGAUAGCCAUCUUCAUUAACCACCGCUUCCACUUCCCCAUCUACUAUCUCCUGGCAAAUAUGGCUGCAGCAGACCUUUUUGCAGGCAUCGCUUACACCAACUUGAUGUUGAACACAGGCCCCUGGACUAGAACGCUUACCAAGACGCAGUGGUACAUCCGUGGUGCUUUGAUUGACAUCAGCCUAACGGCCUCUGUGGCAAACCUCCUAGCAGUUGCCGUGGAACGGCACCAGACCAUCAUGACUAUGCAGCUGCACAGCACUAUGACAAAGCGUCGUGUGGUGCUGCUGAUAAUCUGUAUCUGGGCCUCGGGUAUCAUCAUGGGCCUGGUGCCGUCGACAUUUUGGAACUGUGAGUGUGAUUUUGACGACUGCUCCACUGUCGCUCCCCUGUACAGCCGCCGCUUCCUCAUAUUCUGGGCAGUUUUCAACCUGCUCAUUUUCUUCAUCAUGGUUGCCAUGUACACUCGUAUCUUCAUCUAUGUGAAAUACCAGAGCCGCUACACGUCUCAACACACCUCAGAAAUGCGACACAACCAGACUAUCGUCAACCUGAUGAAGACGAUCUCCAUGGUCCUCGGAGCCUUUGUGUUGUGCUGGACGCCCGGCCUCGUGACUCUCUUGUUGGACGGACUGUUGGGUAAAGAAAGCCACGCCAACCGCUACGAGAAGUUCUGUCUGUUUAUAGCCGAGUGCAACUCUCUGGUCAAUCCUAUCAUCUAUUCUCUGCGGGACAAUGAGAUGCGGAAGACGUUCAAGCGGAUCCUGUGCUGUUUGUGUCAGAGAGGUGUUGAUCAGCAGGAGCCUUCUACACACUUCCAGAUUGACUCUCCACUGCCAGACGAAACUGCUGGCUGUGUCGGGAAAUCAGAGGAUCAAGCUUUGUUCAAGCCUCGGGACACCAACAGUAAAGAUGACAGCUGGUCAGUGCCCGAGGUGUGAUGGCAGUUCAAAAAUACCGUCAUCUGCACAGGAUGCAUUCAAUUUCUGUGACGCUCUCUCUUUCAUGUUUGUUUUUUGAAUUUGCAUUAAAAAGGUUCUUAAGUAUUUUCAUUAGAGAAAA